AUGUCCUCUUUUGAUUUUAGAUUUUGGAAAAAGCAAUCUUCACCUGGUGGUGGUGGUAAUGCUUCACCAAAUGCAGAUAUAGAGAAUCAGGAUAAUCGGCCGUUGUUAUCAUCGUCUGUGCCAACCUAUAGUACAUUCAAUGAUGACGAUCUACCUUUGAGGCCACCCGCCAACACUGACGACGAUUCCUCCGACGAGGAUAUGUCACGUGUCGAUAUCUCGAGAUUCGACUCGACUUCACCGAUGGAUGAUAGCGGCAACAGCAGUAGCAAUCGUCGUGAAUCCCCACAGUCGAGCACGGUCAACAUCCUCGAUGAGCCACCCUCGACAUGGCGUAAUUUCGUGAGCAGACUGCGCACCAUCCAAAAGAAAGAAGUACAACAUCAACUCAAUGUAUCGAGAGGUGUAGAAUCACCUUCUUCGCUACUGCAGGCUUCAUCUUCCGACACUUCCUCUAUCUCGCCAAUCGGCUCGAUGUCACCGAGCGAGCAAUCGCCAAUGAUACAAUCGGCCAACGGUUUGUAUAAUUCCUAUCAAAAUCCAGCUGGAUUAUCACCAUUGUCAUCAUCAUCAGCUUUGCCAAUGGAGAUGUCACAACCCGGACUGAAUGUAUCUCAGCAACGGCGACAUCGCCACCAGCAUCGCGAAAAGCUGGAAACAGAACAACCGACUUCCACCAAGGAUCUGGUGAUCAAAACGAUUAAACAUAAUAUAAAGACAGCACAAAAGCGAGCACCCUAUUAUAUUCCGAUUCUAAGUUGGCUGCCCAAGUACGACAAGAGCAAUUUGUCGGGCGAUAUCAUUGCCGGAAUCACAACGGCGAUCAUGUUGAUUCCACAGGGUAUGGCAUAUGCCUUUCUCGUGGGAAUACCUUCGAUUCAUGGUUUAUACACUGGUUUGAUACCGGUUUUAGUUUAUUGUUUCUUUGGAACCUCGCGACAGUUGUCGGUGGGACCGGAAGCAGCGGUUUCUCUGAUUGUCGGAACUACGCUGAAACAGAUCUCCGAUGAAAACGAUGUGCCGUUGACAACACCGGAACUGAUAGAUUUGGCAAUCAUGUUAUCUUUUAUAGUUGGUAUAUUUUCACUGGCACUCGGUCUACUCAGAUUUGGUUUCCUCUCUGAAGUACUCUCACGUCCGCUGAUCCGUGGUUUCAUUCUGGCGAUUGCAGUGACAAUCUUACUCGACCAAAUGGAUACACUACUAGGUUUGACAGGCGUAACAGGUUCAGGAUGGAGAAAAGUCGUUCCAAUAUUCAAAUCUAUACACACUGCCAAACCAAUAGCAUAUUGUAUGUCAAUUGGUGCAAUUACUUCUUUAUUUAUUAUGAAUAAAUUGAAAAGAAUGAUUCCAGAAAAGAGAACAAAGAUUAUACAUCAUAUUGGUUUCUUUAUUCCAAGUAUUUUGGUUGUUGUGGUCAUUGGUAUUUCAGUGACAUCGAUUUUCAAGUUGGGAGAUAAAGGAUUGGCUGUUCUUGGUUACACGGAGAUCCGUCGUAAACGACAAAGCCGGUGCAAGAUCACAGCUGGCUGGAUUCGUUACUUUCAUUAUCAUCUUGUUCACCUGUCUCUUCUUGAUGCCUGUGUUCCAACAUCUGCCAAGAUCGGUUUGAUAGUUAGCAUUGGUAUGUCUUGUUUCAUGGUGAUCAAACAGUCGUCUGCCCCUCAUUUCUCCGUGCUUGGACGUAUGCCAGAAUCCACAAAGUAUAAAGAUAUCACACUGUUCACAGAGGCAAGACAAGUCGAUAGCUUAAUUAUCAUUCGUUUCGACGAGAGUAUCUAUUUCUCCAACGUUGGACAGGUCAAAGAAAUUCUUUUCAGAAUCGAAAAGCUCGGUUCUGCAAUGGCACAUCCAUCCGAGGCCGAGGGUGGUCAGACACCACUCAAAGGUGUUGUAUUUGACAUGAGAAAUAUACCAGUUAUAGAUGCAAGUUCUAUUCAAAUAUUACAUGAAAUUGUAUCAAAUUAUGAAAAGAGAGAUAUUAUUGUAACAUUUGUAAAGCUUAAAGAUUCGUUAAAGACAAUGUUUUUAAGAGGUGGAUUCUACGAUUUGAUUGGAACAGAUAGAUUCUAUACGAGUAUACACGAGGCUGUCAUUAGAAUUCUUGGUGGACCACCAAGAACACACUCAUCCUAUUUCACCACACAGAUUCUAGUGCCAAAUGAGCAACAGAUCGCCGAAAAUCAACCGUCAGCCAUAUUACUGACUGAUGAUAAUACUAAUUCACCAAUAAAUAACUACAGUGAUAGUAGAUUAAAUGGUACACCAAAAGAACACCAUCAAAGUUCCAUGGAUAUUGAAAGUGGAUCCAAGAUUGCUAACGUUGCUGAUCCUUUAAUAUUGAUAAAUUAA